AUGAAGAUUAUUCUUAUUGGUCUUAUUUGUAUAAUACCAAGUAUUUUAUCAAUUCCUUUUGAUAAUCUGAAUAUUUAUUCUCAUAAUGAUUGUUGGACAAAUGAAAAUAAUACAAUAACGAAAAAACAUGCUGUUUUACUUAGUUUUUCACCAAAAUUUGAUAAUGAAAGCGAAGGUUGUUCAGUACAUAUUUCAAAUCCAUGGUCCUCAGAUAUGCAAAACGGAUUUGGAGUGUUUCUUUUACGACAAAUGGAUUGUUCAUCAACUGUAACUAUCGAAUGUCUUCCGGGUAGUUCUCUUCUUAAACAAACAGCACCACCAGCAAUACAAUAUACAUGUCAUACAAACUCAAGUGAAAUUCAAAUGGCAUGUAGUAUAAUUAGCUUAACAUAUAAACAAAAUAUGAAUAAACAAGAAAUGAAAUACAGCACAAAUAUUCAAGUUACUGCAUUAGCAAAAGAACCAUGUAUGGAUAGAGAAAUAUUAUUUCAAUGUCCAUUGGAUUAUCCUCAUUCAUGUAUUGAUCGACAACUUGAAUGUAAUGGACGAAUUGAAUGUCCAAAUGGUGAAGAUGAACGUCAUUGUUAUCCAAUUCCAUCUUCAGUUUCGAUAUCAAUUGGUACAAUUCUCCUCUUAAUAUUCGGACUUCUUUCGAUGUUUUGUGUUGUAUCAAUAGUUCUAAUUUGCUGCUGUUGUCGUGCUACAUGUCAUGCAAUUAUACGUCGUUUUCAUCCAACAAAAAAAGAUAAAUUAUUUCAAAAAAACAAAAUGGCUGCUGUUGUUGGUGAAGAUGCUGGUCUUAUGAGGGAUCUUACUGCACCAAAUGUUAUUAGAGUUUUACCUCAACAACAUACUGAACCAACAUCAUUAAUGAUUGAUUCAACAAAACCUGUUUAUCCAUAUAUGUUAUCGAUAAUUUAUAUCUUUUCGAUACUCUUUUUAUCUUCGACAUUAGCGAAAAUAACAUAUUUUAAUCUCGAAAAUACAUAUGGACCUUAUUGUAAUGCACAGAAUACAUUUACACUCGAUGCUGGUGUUGUUCGAUAUGCUGGAACACCAUGGGUGGGUAAAUGUGAAUUAAACCUACAAAGUUGUUGUUUACCAACUUUAAAUAAUGCAUCUCUAAUGGCUAAUUUAUCAGUUUCAACAAGAUUUUAUAUAUAUUUACAUAAUCCACCUACAUGUCUUACAGAAAAUGUCAUUAUUGAAUCUGAAACCGGUGAAACGACUAUUAUUGAUUGUAAUGCAACAAAUGGUACUGAAUAUUAUAUUAAUACAGAACGACUAACUGUCAUUUAUUAUCGAUUAGAAAAAUUUCCUAUAUCGAAAUUUUCUAUGGUUGUUACACCAUUAAAGAUAAAAACACGAAUGUAUACACCCUGUGGUUUUGAUUGUUUUACGGAUACCUAUUGUAUCGAUCGAAGCCUUGUUUGUGAUCGAUUUCGAAAUUGUCCGAAUGACAUUGAUGAAGCUCAUUGUGAAUACAGCCAACAUCGACCUCCAUUAUCAUUUCACGGCAAAAUAGCUCUGCUUAUUGUUCUCUCAAUGAUCAUAUCAUUUGAUAUAUCUUCGAUAUUAAUUUGUUAUUUUUGUUGUGGUAUUUCAAAUCGGAAUCGUCUAAAUUCUAAAGACCGAAAACAGCUUAUUAUAAAUGUAGAAGAAGGUGGUGCUCCUCCUCCGAUAACGCCGCUUUUACAAUCAGAAAUGUCUAAAGAUAAUAAUUAA